AUGGAAACUCAAUUGAAUUUCAAUACUCCAGGAAAAGGAAACGAAGCGAGUAAUUUGAAGCGAAAAACCUCACAUUCCCAAACCACUUCGAUUUCAAAGGUGAGAGUUGUUGUCAGGGUUAGGCCCUUCAUCUCUCAAGAAAUUUCCAGGAAAAAUGGUCAUCCUGUCUCCUGCGUUUCAAUUCUCGACUCAGAAGAAUUCAAGUCUCGCGAUGAUGUCACUGUCCACCUUAAAGAUCAAGGAUCUAGUCGGCAAGAAUGUUACAAGUUGGAUGGUUUUUUCGGGCAGCAAGACAACAACGUGUGUGACAUUUUUGAGGAUGAAGUGAAGCCACUGAUCCCAGGUGUCUUUCAGGGUUGCAACGCCACCGUCUUUGCUUAUGGUGCUACAGGUAGUGGCAAAACUUACACCAUGCAGGGGAGUGAGGAACAGCCAGGUCUAAUGCAGCUAGCUAUGGCCAAUAUUCUUUCUAUAUGCCAUGGGACAGAAACUAGUGUAAAAAUUUCAUACUAUGAGGUCUACAUGGAUAGAUGUUACGAUCUCUUGGAGCUUAAACAAAAGGAAAUUGCAGUUUUGGACGAUAAAGUUGGCCAAAUUCAUCUAAGGGGGCUGUCUCAGGUUGAAGUCAAUUCAAUAUCCGAGUUCCAGGAGGUUUUCUCUUGUGCAAUUCAGAGGCGCAAGGUAGCUCGCACAGGGCUGAAUGAUGUCUCCAGUAGAAGUCAUGGUGUGCUGGUAAUUUCAAUUUGUAUCCGUGAUGGUAGCGGUAGAUUUUGGUCUGGCAAGCUGAACCUCAUCGACUUGGCAGGAAGUGAAGAUAACAGAAAGGCAUGCAAUGAAGGAAUCCAUCUCCAGGAGAGUUCGAAGAUCAACCAGUCUUUGUUUGCGCUUUCCAAUGUCAUCUAUGCUCUAAACAAUAAUAAACCCAGAAUCCCUUAUAGGGAAAGCAAAUUGACGAGGAUUUUGCAAGACUCACUUGGAGGAACAAGCCGUGCUCUAAUGGUUGCUUGUCUGAAUCCAGGAGAAUACCAAGAAUCCGUGCACACGGUGAGUUUGGCAUCUAGAUCACGUCAUGUAUCCAAUUUUGUAUCUUCUGCGCCAAAAAGAGAUACCCCAAAGGUUGACAUGGAGGUAAAGCUUCGUGAUUGGCUGGAAUCUAAGGGAAAGACUACCAGCGCUCAAAGGAUUGGUCUAUUUGGAUCUCCAAUGGCCAGAAAAACUCCCAAGUCAAUUUGUGACUUGAGAAAGUCUAAUGCAGGUUGGAGCUCAGUAAAACAUAAAAUUCCGGGCAAUAAAGGUUGCUCAAGUAUAUGUGAAAGGGAUCCAAAUGUGGCGUGCAGAAAUUUGUUUGACCAUGCAAGGCUUGUAGCCCCAGUAGUGGAGGAUAUAGACCUUUCAGCCAGGAGAACCUUGGAGGAAAAUUUUGAAUUUUCCAUUGAGGAGCCAAGUUCCUCUUUACCUGAACUGUCUCCAGGAUAUUCAAAAAUCAAGAAGCUGAAACAGCUGGAAAGCCCCUCGAGAAAAGCUCUUUCUCCGAUCAAUUCCAACAAACUAUCAUCAAGAGAUCAAGUGCAAUUUGAUCCUGACCCAAAAACUCCCAAGACACCAUUUCUUUAUAAUGGUACUGAUGACAACUGUGACAGAACUGGAGCCUCACUAAACAAGUUUCAAUCGAUAAGUUAUAGUUUAAAGAACACUCUGGUCCAAGAAUAUGUCAAGUUCUUGAAUACUGCAACCAGGGAGGAGCUGCUUGAUUUAAAGGGAAUCGGCCACAAAAUGGCGGAGUAUAUUACCGAGCUGAGAGAAACUAGCCCUUUAAGAUCACUAAAAGAUUUGGAGAAAAUAGGCCUUUCAGCAAAGCAGGUGCAUAACAUGUUCAGCAAAGCUGCAGUUGGAAUUCUUGGAUGAAAUGUAAGUAAUUUGUUAAAGCCGAAGAUCACAGUGAAUGUUGUUGUAGUGCAAAUGUACGCCAACUGUAACAGUUGUAGUCUUCUAAGUUAGAUAUCGUGUAGCUUGAAUGUAAUUCACAUGUAAAAUCGAUGCAACAGUGUGCCAGACUGUUGUUUAGCUUCAAGGUUAUCUCACCUUUUUAACAGUGGUUUUGAUGGAUUUUGCCUCCCUCGGCAUUCCAUUAUUUUUUCAGUUAGAACCUUUGUUGCAUUGGUUAUUCCAUCUUCUAAAUGUUAGGCUUUUAGUGUACCCAAAAUCAUCAGCACAAUCGUAAGCUUCUGAGGUUGAAAAGAUCAUUUCGGACAGCUUAUCCUACAACCCUACAAGUUUGACCAAAUUUAUGGAUUAGAUUAUAGCGACAAGUGAAGUUUUGCCGUUCAGAAACGUAUCGAAAGUAUACAUAGUGAAGUUUUCUUCACAACCUUGCAAAUUCUCCGGUUUCACUUCCAGUUACGUGUCAUCCAUUGCCGACUCAAAGAAACCGAGAUAUAUUUCAAGUUCUAAAAAACAUCAUUCGACCAAGUUGAAGUGAGUGAUAGUGAUAUCGUACCAACUCUUAAACCAAACAAAAUCAUAGCAGAAAAGAGUUCUUCAAUUCAUCAAAAUACACACCCAUAGCAUAACUCUCUUCUUUCACAAACCCAAGCAGAGACACGAUCCUAACAUAGACCACAAAUAAAACAGACUCCAAAAGCAACCAAAGGCAGAGAACACACCGCCCAUGGCUUGCUUUAUUUUUGUUUUCUUUAUCAGAAUUAAUAAAUUACAACAACUCUCAUCAAAUGAUGAGAGUCAUGCACUACAAGACCUGACACGACACACUUUACUAGUAGUAAUUCCGGAGUGAAAGGGUAUCUAAUUCCCCGCCUCCAAUUACACAAAGUCACCAUCGUCUCUGCUUUUUUUUUUUGGUUAUAUUCUUCAUGAAACCAUUCAUUUGCAGGUGCAAGGAUCGCAGGUGCAAUUGGCUCCGCACUUGCAUCCAUUCUCAGCCACGGCAGACUCUCCCACACCUUCAUACACACUGUCACAUUCAACAAAAGACACAAAUUGCCACAAUUCAGUCUCCGAUCGCCGGAAAUAAGAAAUUUAAGGAGUGACAGUAAAACUUGAAAAAAAAUAAAAAAAAAAAAAUAAUACAUACGUCUUCUGGGGAGCAACUCCCAUGAUGAUGGUCUCGGAGGUGGAGCUCUCCACAUAGCUCAUCUCUGGGUACAUCUUGCAACUGUGAUGAACACAAACCCGUUAAUCCCAGAUCACCAAAAAUUUUUUUAAAAAAAUUACUGAUAUUUAUGUAAAUCCCAGAUCCUGACGAUUCAACCCAAAAAAACAAGAACACAUCAGACACGAACAAAACGGACCCCAUAACAAAACCGGCAACAAUUAGGAUGGAUCAGGAAACCCGAAACUCACUCAUGCAGCAAAACAGAAAAUACAAAAGGAAUUUUAACGGGAAAAAAUAAAUAAAUAAGAAAAAAAAAAAAAACUCACCCGCCACAGCCGUUGCCGCAUUUGCAGCUAGAGCCGCAUCCACAGUUUCCUCCACAGCAAGACAUGAUGAUGAUGUUAAAGGAAAAAGUCUUGAAAUUGGAUUUCUAAAUAUGUUUUUGGGGAAAAUUUUGUGAUCAAACUAUGAAACCUUAACAACCGAAUGAGAAAGUGAGGGGAUGAAGGGCCGGUUUUUAUAGUGAAGUGAGGUUGGUGAUCGGCCGUCAACGUGGCAUGAUCGUGUGGCAAACUGUUAUCCCUUGAAAGGCGGUCCGUAGUCCCCACAUCAGUAUCCCUCCCGUCCACGUAUCUGUCAU